AUGAUAAUUACUACUAACUGCUAUUAUUAAAGAAAGGAGCCUAAUAGAAUGAAAAUCAGGAAAUAAUUUAGAGAAUUAUCAAGGACACUUCAUCCAGAUAAAAAGGAAGGGAACUAAACUUAAUAUGUGAAUAGUGUAAAGAAACAAAGACUGAUUAUGAAAAGUAUCUUGAAAAUUCAAAUAGAAGUGAAUUUUAUCAUCACUAUCGAUAUUAUCAACAUGUAUAUCAUCCUUAAACAAAUCCACAUAUUUUUGUUUCUGGAGCAACCCUGCUCUUAUCUAUCAUUUAAUAUGUGGCUAGAAUUUGUAUUGAUGGAAUCAACUCAUUUCAAAAAGGUUGUAAAGGAAAGAUAUAAGGAAUCUAAUUUGAGUAAGUAAUAAGUAAUCCAAGAGACCUUGGAAGAAGUUAAGAUAUCAAGAGCAUGGUCUUAUCCUACAUUUGAAGAAAUUUGGAUUAUAGCCAUAUUACAUUUUAUCUACUCCAUUUUUUAUAGAUUAUACUUUGCAAUUAAAUGGAAAUAUUAUUACAAGUACUAGAAAUGUCGAAAGGAAAUAAGUGAAAAGGAUUAGGAAUACAAAACACAAUUGAUAUUAGGAAUCAGUUAGAGUAGAUAGGAGAUUGUGGAUAAAGAAUCAUUAGUAAAUCAAUAGCUAUGGAUACUUGAAAAUAUGAAGGAAUUCGAUGAAGGAUAGCUUUUAAAAUAGGAUGAAUACAUUCAGCAACAUAGUAAUAAGUUCAAACAGUAUAUGAGAUUAACUUGUAAAAGUGUCUCAAAAAUAUAUAAAUUUGUAUUAUUUUCAUAUGAAAUCAACCAUCAAUAUUUACAUGGGCUAAGGUGUUUUUGA